CAGCGCGGCGGGGGGCGGGGCCGGCUGCCGGGGAGGCCCGGGGUGGGGGUGCUGGGGAGCCUCCCGGCCCGGCCCGGGUGACACCGGCUGGGACUCCGGCCGCAGCGACAGGGGCCGGGCCGCCGCGUGACUGGCCGCUGUCACGCUGUGCUUAAUCACAAUUAGCUUGUGCUCCAGGCUGGCGGCGCUCCCAUUUCUCCCAGCCGGUGACCCCGGGGAUUUCUCUUAUGGUGGCUUUCUCUGAAAUGCCAAAACCACCCGAAUAUUCAGAACUGAGUGACUCUUUAACGCUUGCCGUGGGAACAGGAAGAUUUUCGGGACCACUGCACAGAGCAUGGAGAAUGAUGAACUUCCGUCAGAGGAUGGGAUGGAUUGGAGUGGGAUUGUAUUUGUUAGCAAGUGCAGGAGCGUUUUACUAUGUUUUUGAAAUCAAUGAGACUUACAACAGGCUGGCCUUGGAACACAUUCAGCAGCACCCAGAAGAGCCCCUUGAAGGAACCACAUGGACACACUCCUUGAAAGCUCGGUUACUCUCCCUGCCUUUUUGGUUUUGGACAGUUAUUUUUCUGAUACCUUAUUUACAGAUGUUUUUGUUCCUUUAUUCUUGUACAAGAGCUGACCCCAAAACGGUGGGCUACUGCAUUAUCCCCAUAUGCUUGGCAGUCAUUUGCAAUCGCCACCAGGCAUUUGUCAAGGCUUCUAAUCAGAUCAGCAGACUACAACUGAUUGAUACGUAGAAUCGGUCACCAUUUUUUCCUUACAGUUACAAAACUGCCACUACCGUAUGGAGCCUGGUCACAAGACUGCAGUUUCUUCACAGAUCUCAGGAAGUUGUGGUGGGGCAGAGGCUUUCUAAAAAGUGUGACUAGGGGGCUAUCUUUAUCUGAAUAAUAAUGAAUUUUUAAGUUGAAGCCUGAGAUACAGUACUACAAAAUCAUGUUGAUGACUUCAGAUUUUGGAAGUAAAAUCGUGUCUGUUAUUUGCAUUCUUUAGAAACUUGAAUAAGUACCUGAACUCCCAUUUUUAUUCUACUGUGCAACAUAGUGAUGAUUCAUAAAUUUUUCCUUUGGGGAAAAAAAUGAGUAUGAACAUUUCCAUUGUGCUUAAUGUAAAGAGGUCCAAACAUGGUCAUAAAGUUUAAAUUUUAUACAAUUAA